UUUGUUUGCGAAAGACAUAACGCGAGAGAGACGCAAACACACAUACACACAGAGACGGUAUAUUUUGGGAAUCCAACUUAACCUCACCCAACACAUCACAGACCUCCCGAAAAACAAAUACACACACCCGCCGCAGUCCACCAUAAAACCAACGGGGAAAAGCUCAACGGGGAACCAAGUCCGACGUCUAGCGCUAGCGAGGAGCGGAGCAGGAUUGGAACAAAACAAACCGCGUCCUCCGCCAAGCGGCUGAAUCAUCCAGGGGCUAGCCAGUAGCCUGUCAGCUGGACGUGUUGACUUAGCUCUCCCCCCCUGCAGGGGAACACCACGGCUCAGGGCGAUGUGGUGGAGCUCCGUCUAGGCUAUAGGCAGUGUUCGUUGGUUAACCUAUAGAGGAGUGCGUUUCGGCGGUGCCUGCUUCAGACCGAGCCCGGGAUGGUGGAGUGUGACCCCGACUGUCACGCUAGCACACGGCGCCGUUAGCUUGUUUUCCAAGCCCGUACAUUAUCUUAAAAAAAAUACAAGGUACUGUAGUAUACCAAAAAAUUAAAUAAAGGGUUGAGGACUCGCUUGAUACCCCGGGGAAGUGGGUGAAGAAUGUGAAGGACAAUGGCCAACUUUGAAGCUUACCAGGAGUACCAGAGGAUUGAGGACUUUGAGGAGGACUCGCCGCCAGGGGAGGAGGAUUUGUUGGUGCAUGUGCCAGAAGGCCUGAAGGACUCAUGGCACCACAUCAAGAACCUGGAUAACUUCUUCACGAGAAUCUAUCAUUUCCAUCAGAAGAAUGGCUUUGCCUGUAUGAUGUUGUCAGAGUUCUUCGAACUGAUUCAGUUCCUGUUUGUGGUCACAUUCACAACGUUCCUCUUCAACUGUGUGGAGUAUGACAUCUUAUUCGCCAACCGGGCCGUCAAUCACACCGGGACGGGCCAGAACCCAUUGGACAGGAACAAAGUCACACUCCCUGAUGCUCUCCUGCCUAGCCAGCAGUGCACUGAGAACAUCCAGGAAAACAGCUGGAUCAUAUUCCUCCUGAUCAUGGCAGCCAUCUUCUGGAUCUACCGGCUGGUCAAAGUCUUCUGCAACAUCCUCAGCUACUGGGAGAUCCGGCAGUUCUACAUCAAAGCGUUGAAGAUUAGGAUGGACGAGCUGUGCAACUUCACGUGGCAGGAGGUUCAGGACCGGCUCAUCAGCCUGCAGCGGGAGCAGCAGAUGUGCAUCCACAAGAAGGAGCUGACGGAGCUGGACAUCUACCACCGCAUCCUGCGCUUCAAGAACUACAUGGUGGCCAUGGUCAACAAGUCCCUGCUGCCCGUGCACCUGCAGCUCCCCCUGCUGGGCGACAUCGUGUUCCUCACGCAGGGCCUCAAGUACAACUUUGAGCUCAUCCUGUUCUGGGGGCCCGGCUCGCUGUUCCAGAACAAGUGGAACCUGCACCCCAAGUACAAGCGGGCGGGCAACCGGCUGGAGCUGGCGCAGCAGCUGAGCCGGGUGAUCCUGCUGAUGGGGCUGGCCAACCUGCUGCUGUGCCCCUUCAUCCUGGUGUGGCAGGUGCUGUACGCCUUCUUCAGCUACACGGAGGUGAUCCGCCGCGAGCCGGGCAGCCUGGGCGCGCGGCGCUGGUCCCUGUACGGCCGGCUGUACCUGCGGCACUUCAACGAGCUCAACCACGAGCUGCACGGGCGGCUGGGCCGCGGCUACAAGCCCACGUCCAAGUACAUGAACUCCUUCACGGCGCCGCUCAUGUCGGUGCUGGCCAAGAACGUGGCCUUCUUCUCGGGCUCGGUGCUGGCGGUGCUGAUCGCGCUGACGGUGUACGACGAGGACGUGCUGACGGUGCAGCACAUCCUGACGGCCAUCACCGUGCUGGGCGUGGUCAUCACCGUCACCAGGUCCUUCAUCCCCGACGAGCACAUGGUGUGGUGUCCAGAGCAGCUGCUGCAGUGCGUCCUGGCCCACAUCCACUACAUGCCGGACCACUGGAGGGGCCAGGCCAACAAGGGCGAGACCCGGGACGAGGUGGCCCAGCUGUUCCAGUACAAAGCGGUAUUCAUCCUGGAGGAGCUGCUGAGUCCCAUCGUGACGCCCUUCGUCCUCAUCUUCCUGCUGAGGAACAAGUCCCUGGAGAUCAUCGACUUCUUCCGGAACUUCACCGUGGAGGUGGUCGGCGUCGGGGACAUCUGCUCCUUCGCCCAGAUGGACAUCCGACGCCACGGCAACCCAAUGUGGAUGUCGGAGGGCCGCACGGAGGCCUCCGUCUACCAGCAGGCGGAGAACGGCAAGACGGAGCUGUCGCUCAUGCACUUCACCAUCAAGAACCCGCGCUGGCAGCCCCCGCAGGACGCCUCCAUGUUCAUCAGCCACCUGAAGGAGAAGGUGCAGCAGGACGCCCAGGGCGGGCCCUCCACCCGGCUGCUGCUGUCGGAGGCCCCGCUCUGCGGCUCGCUGCUGCUGUCCAACGAGUCCGGCUCUGGGCCUGACAACCUGCUGGCCAGCGUCCUGGCCCACCCGGUGCUUACCGCGUCGGGGCUGCCCGGCCGGGACCGCGGCUUCCUCCCGCCCAGCACGGCGGCGGCGGCGGCGGCCAGCGUCUUGGCCUCGCUGUCCGCCUCGCAGCUCCACCCCCAACCCGGCCGCAGCCACUCCCUGAACCCCCUGCCCUCCUCCCUGCACCCCGACAGCCCCCUGUACGGCAGCGACCGCACCGUCAUGGACAGCAUGUCCAACAGUGACGCGCGGUUCCGAAGCAGCACGAUGCUCUCCGAGUUCUCCUCGGCGGAGAUGAGCCUUCACGCCAUCUACAUGCACGAGGUCCACCAGCAGAGCUCGGCGCCCCAGAGGACUUCAGGGCAGGGCCAGCACCCCGUGCCCAUGAGAGAGCUCCACAGCAACCCUGGUGCGCCUCACUCACACAGCCUCCACUCAGCGGCCACCCUCGCCGGGCCCGCAAACCUGGGAGGCUGGAAGGAGGAGGAAGAGGAGGAGGACCAGGGAGAAGAGGAGGCCAUCGUCAGCGGGUCCGCUCCCCAACCAGACGGCAGGAGUAGCUGCUGAAGUGCCUUCUACCAUAAGUGUUUACGCUUUCCUUUACUUCAACGAACACUGUGGCCUUAGUGGAUCGCCGCGGGGGGGGGAGCUUUGAUUGGACCUUUUAAAGCCGUCACUCAAGAGUUUUCAGGCGGUCGGGACUUGAUUGGACACUGACCCCCUGUUGGCGCGCCACCACGCCCCUCCUACACCGUCCCGUCAGGCGAAACAUGGCAGGGAAAAAACAAGUCUUCCAUCGUCUUUCUUCAUCUCUAUGCCAUGACUCAGUAUGUAUUUAUAAAUGUUGCCCUCUAAUCCUACGGAGUGUUUUGUGCGUGCGUGUGUGUGCGUGCGCGUGUGUGUGUGUGCGUGUGCGUGUGAGCGAGAGAGAGAUGCAGGGCUGAUCACUACAGUGUCCAAUGCAACCUGCAUAUCAACAGACAUUGACGUCGCAGCAGAAGGAGCUAUCUGACCCGUUCAGUGUUGAGGCGGUGAUCUCUGUCUCUCAGAGCGUUGGAAGCAGCAUCCACUUUUACUUUUCCUUUUAAGAGCAAGAAGGUCUAUUUCCUCAUUUUUUAUCUCUAGUAGACUUUAUGAGCUUUUACCUGUUGUUCAUCUAGAUCGUUUUGCUUUUCUUCAUCGCCGGAGGGCCUCUGAGAGAGGACAAGCAGUGAGGCCGCGGCUUCCGUGCAAUCUGAGGGGUCGUUUAUGCAUAUUUUAUCAGACUUGACAACGGGCCUGCCGGGCUUGAGUAUAAUAGGACUUUAAACUGGAGGAAGCGUAUGCUUUAAAGCUGCUCCUUUUUUUAUUUUGGUCCUCAAAAUGUACCAAUUGAGACCUAGUAUUACUAUCUCUGAAACCUUCUCUAUAUUGAUUACCGCUAAGACAGGAUUCAAAGUGCCAUUUAAAAGUCACGUUACAAUUUAAUCCAGAAAGUAAUAUGAUUAGGCAGUUGUUUAUUAAACACAAAUAACCCGCUAAAGCUAACCACAAUAGGUAGGUCUGAAGUAGAUGAGGUCUACACUGAAUGUUUUUAAUGUGAAUCCUAGACGUCAGGAGAAUUGGUUCUAUUAUUUCUGCCACAGCUACAGUACAAUUAUUCAUCAGGCAGAUCUUGGGAAAUUAUAUCAACACAUCUAUGUAUCAAAGUCUGCAUUACAGAAUGCAGUUCAAAGAUUGCAACGCAAAGGCUUUUAAGGAUAAGUGUAUAUACUAACUUUGAUUUUCCAUAUUCUGAAUACAAUAAUUGCCCUCUCCCAACCCCUUAAAAAAGAUUAUGCAAACGUUGGAUAUUUGUGAUAGAGAUUUGAUCACAGUGAUUGUAAGGUUGUGAGCUGCUCAGCAAAUGAUUAUGGUUUGCUUGUGAAACAGCAUGUUCUCUUUGCUUUGAGCUUUUCAGGUAGGUUUAGUCUAAAAUAAUAACAAUUAUAUAAUUUCUCAUCAAUCAGGUCAUUUUAUCUUAUAUUUAUUUGAUUGUGUACAUUAUUUCAUAUUUCUUCAAAAUAUUGAUUUAUCUUAAAUUCAACUGUUUUUUCGAGACAUAACAUUGAACAGGCAAUAUUGUGAUAGGUGAAAUUCAUGCACAAGAGCUUUAUUUUCAGUUAAACUGAAAAUAAAGCUAAUUAGAUCAGCAUGCGUUUUGCGCUACUCUUCACAUGUGCUCCAUUGAAAACGUAGAAGGUGUGUCUACUUGCAUUGCUUCCUUGCAUUGCUUCCUAAACCAUUAUCCUGUAUUCUGUUAUACCACUGUCAGACUUCUGAGAGCAAAGCAAUGGUAUCGCUCUCCCAAGUGCUGCUUUGUGUUUUGUAACGUGUUUGUGUGCGUGUGCGUUUGGUGUUUUUGAAAGAAUAGGUUUUUGACAUAGGCUGCACAUUUAUACUAUCACACGACUCAGCAUUUUGCACUGACGGAAGGAGAAAAGACGUUUUCAAAAGGCUGGUGUAACUUGCAUCAGCGGCGUCGUUUCAGGUGGAUUGUGUCUCCGGAAAGGGACAGAGAGUUAGUUUCCCCGCCCAUGAAUGACCUCGCUCACUGUUUGUGUGUGUGUGUAAUGUAUCUAUAUAUGAGCAUCGCAUCGAGAUCGCCGUGGUAGUCGUCCUCACCGAGCGAUCCGCAAAGCACUGUGGCUGUCGUGUACCUCUGGUUUCGUGAACGUUUUCACAUGACACAAGACGACGUGUCACACCGUGGAGUAUUUCUUUCUGUUGGAUUUGUUUUGAAGCUUAUGUUUACAGACUUAGACAGUUGGAUCUUCACUCUAUCUGAUUCCCCAUCAUAUUUAAUGCCCUCCAUAUCGACACUUUUGUUCUGUUUUCACCAGUGCCUUAUGGCGUAGUCUUAUUAUUUCCACCCCAAACCAGCAUGUUUUUUCCGUUCACACCUUUUUAGCAGCACAUAUGUACAGUAUUUAUUUAUUUUCCGUUCUUUUGGCAAGGUGGUCGUGUUGUAGUAUCACGUGCGAGUCGUACUCUGGUAUCGUGGAUGUGGCUUGUGUAACGUCAGUGGAAAACGGGACAUCGUGUCUAAAGUCUGUCUUCACAGGAGUGUGUUCACUAACACUAACUGUUGAACCCUGUCAUAUCGUGGCUUACUCACUAUAAUCCAGUCUAAGAAUCCAUAUCGACAGAGACAAGGUGCUAUGUUUCAAUCCUAUAGUGUUGGAUUGGUUUUGAUGCUUUUUUUCUUUUUUUACACAUUUGCUUUUGUUUUUGAGUGACGAAGAAACACAGGCUGAUAAUAAAACUUGCCAAAAGAACUUAUUUUUCAGCGGAGCUUUACAAUAAAAAAAAUGUUUUCCUGUAAGUUAAUAGAAAAGCAAAUCAUAUUUUGAGGGUAUUUAAUCUUUGAAGUGUGUAUGGACAUGUCGAUUUGAAAUAAAAUGAAAUGUGUAAACAUA